AUGGUAAUCAUCUCUCUUCUUUGCCUUGCACUUUGUUUUCUCGUUGGGUCUUCAAAGGAUGAGUUCGCGCAUGGCAGGGUCAACGCUGCUCCGGCACCUCGGUCCUCGCCUCUUCUUCUCCGCCGCCGCUGGAGAGCCGGCAUGCUCGUUGCUCCUCUCCGGGUCCGCCUCCUUGGCGCCCGCCCGGUCGCCCGCAGCCGUGCUGGUGCGCCUUUUCCCCGUACGUAUGACCAGCACCACGGCGGCUAAGGCUUUCGGUGGAGAGCAGGAAGGGGAGGCGAAGCGUUCUGCCACUUCGAGGGAACCGACUGCCGUCCCGCCGAGCGAACGCAAGGCCGUUGCGAGCUAUUGGGGCAUCCAGCCAUCCAAGAUCAUCAAGGAGGACGGCACCCCCUGGAGGUGGUCUUGCUUCACGCCGUGGGAGACGUACAAGGCGGAUACCUCGAUUGAUCUCAAGAAGCACCACGUCCCCGCGACGCUCCUCGACAAGCUCGCUUACUGGAUGGUAAAAGCUCUCCGAGUCCCGACCGACAUCUUCUUCCAGAGGAGGUAUGGGUGCCGCGCGAUGAUGUUGGAAACUGUGGCGGCCGUGCCGGGGAUGGUGGGUGGCAUGCUCCUCCACCUCCGCUCCCUCCGCCGUUUCGAACAAAGCGGCGGGUGGAUCCGCGCGCUGCUGGAGGAGGCGGAGAACGAGCGGAUGCACCUGAUGACGUUCAUGGAGGUGGCACAGCCUCGGUGGUACGAGCGCGCCCUCGUGAUCGCCGUGCAGGGCGUCUUCUUCAAUGCAUACUUCCUCGGUUACCUCGUCUCGCCCAAGUUCGCCCACCGCGUGACGGGAUACCUGGAGGAGGAGGCCAUCCAUUCCUACACCGAGUUCCUCAGGGACCUGGAGGCCGGUGAGAUCGACAACGUCCCCGCCCCCGCCAUCGCCAUUGACUACUGGCGUCUCCCCGCCGAUGCCACGCUGAAGGACGUCGUCAUGGUUGUCCGUGCUGAUGAGGCGCACCAUCGUGACGUCAAUCACUUCGCUUCGGACAUCCAUUACCGGGGGAUGGAACUCAAGGAUAUACCUGCACCGCUAGCAAUAUAUUCUGCCUCUAUGGUGGAGAGAGGAAUACACCUUUACAAUCUGGAUUGCAAUGACACAGCUCCCCCUCCAAAAGUAAGUACAUAACCUGAUAUGGACUUCUUCGUAUCUAUAUCUCUUGCCAUAUCUGUAUCUGUGUAAUCUGUCAACACAAGUGGUCCACCUCCAAAGCUUA